AUUCAUUCAUUCUUCAGUCUCUCUUCCUCAAAAAAAAAAAAAAAAAAAAAAGUUUAAAACAAAAACUAAAAAAAUAGAAUAAUGGCAAGAGUUCAACUAUUGUUAUGCUUCACCAUUCUAUUUGCAUCUGUGACCCUUCUUGACCUAGUAUCAGCACACCUGAAAUUUAAGCCAUCUUUGCCUCAAAUCGAAGAUCCAAAGACGGUGAAGGAUGUAGAGCCUUACACCGUUAAAGUAGUAAUGGUCUUUGUGGCCGACCUCGAGAAGGAAUGUCCCAAGACAAACAAGUUCAAGGCCUUCUUUGAGAAACUUAGAGGAUUCGCCAAGUAUGUUUGCCCAAUAAGAAGGAUUGGCCAAGUAGAUUACGACCGGGACAUGAAGGCCAAAGCCGGGGGUAUCUUCAAGGCCAUAUCUUCUUUUGCGAUUGGAAAGAUUAGGGAGGAAAUUCAAGAGGAAAAACAGGAGGCUAUUGAUACCUUUAGGUUCAUGAAAUCUGUCGCGGCUAAAAUUAUGGGAGGUCGUAAGAAAGAGGAGAAUGAAGAAACCAUGACACUAACAGCUGAACAACAAAAGGAAAUCAAAGAAGGAAUCUUGAAAUGGGAAACCAUUAUUACUCGGAUCACAAACACAAUGGUAUCGAGCACAUCAACCUCUGCUUCUUCCAGUGAAGAGUCUAGUGUUGGGAAAGAAAGUGAGACUUCCGCUAAAGGUGAAAGUGAGACUUCCGCUAAGAAUGAAAGUAAGACUUCCGCUAAAGGCGAAAGUGAGACUUCCGCUAAAGGUGAGAGUAAGACUUCCGCUAAAGGAGAAAGUGAGACUUCCGCUAAAGGUGAAAGUGAGACUUCCGCUAAAGGUGAAAGUGAGACUUCUUCUUCAAAAACUGCCGAAGCUAGUCAGAGCAGCAGUUUAACAGUGACACAAGUGGAGGAAGAGACGUCAAAAGAUGUUUCGACAUUCAUAAUGAACCUCGAAAAGAAGUGUCCACAAAAGGAGGAAUUCAAGGUCUUCUUCGAGCAACUUAAGGGUACGAUGAUUGCUCCCCGAAAAGAAAGAAAAGGUUUGUUCUCUAGGAUUAAAACUGCUGCUGGGAAAAUAUCUGGUGCCAUGCAAGUUAUGAGGUCAAGAAUUGGAAGCAAAUCAGCAGAGGUAAAGAAGAAUAUGGAAGCUUACCAAGAACAAGUGAUGAAGACUCUCGAAGAGUUAGAUACCAUCCACGCUCAAAUUGUGAGUCAGAACAAAGGCAAGGCUUCUUUGACAUGCACACCCACACAACAAGUACAGAUUAAGCAGACAAUCACCAAAUGGGAACAAGUCACAACCCAAUUCGUUGAGGUUGCAGCUCAGAGUGAGUCGUCUGCAUCUUCGUCUUCUUCCUCUUCCUCUUCUUCCUCUUCUUCCGGCAAGAUGCAAGCAAAGUAAACUUGAAAGACAAUAACUCACAAAAUGCCGUAAUAUUAUAACAACUAGCGAAUAAUUAAAGUUUUUUUUCUUCUUGUAAAUAAAACCAAGAUAUGUAUAGGCUAGGCAUAGAUAUAUCGACCGGCCUAUGCAAAGAAUAAUUUUGUAAACAUAAAUAGAGAUUGAAAGUUCCUAUUCAUAAGUGAAUGAGAUAACUAAAAGAAUAUUUUUGAU